AUGACACAGAGAAGUGGAUACAGGAAAAACUCCAGAGUCGAAAAUGAAGAAAAAUCCCAAGAAGCCGGCUAUCUGUCCGCUCUUCUCUAUCAAUGGAUGAACAGUAUCUUCAAGACAGGUGCUCAACGACCUUUAUAUCAGGAGGACUUUUUACCCUUGACGAAGGAUGACUCGGCCUUCUUCUUGACUAACAAACUUCAGGCAAUUUGGAACGAGGAGAGAGAUAAAAGCAAGAAAAAUGGAAAAAGACCUAAGCUUUGGAAAUGCUUAUUCAAGAUGCUCUCCGUUGACGAUCUCUUGGUUAUUGUGUUCGGGCAGGGCUUAUGUUCAACUUAUCUUCUACUUUAUCCAUUGUUUCUUGGAUAUCUUAUUUCCAGUUUAAUGUCACCUGAAACAGAAAAAAAUCCUCUUUACUAUAUCUGCGCAUUGGGUUUAUGUUUCAUUUCUUUGGUUGGAACUUUCGGUUUACAUCAUAAAGGUUACAGGUCUGAGCUGUUUGGGAUCCGAAUUAGCAGUGCCUUAAGAGGUUUGGUGUACCGUACGGUAAGUACACUCCGGCAAACAUUCUGUUCAAUUUCGUUUUCACUAUGACAACUUAGGUUAGUCACACGUAUCACACACACUUACCAACAGAGUAUUUACUAGCAUACACUAGAUUAAGAGGCUUAGCAAAUCCAGAGCUUGAAGAAAUUCAAGAGCAAAGAAGGGAGAGAGUUAUAUCUAUUGUUAUUAAAAUUUAGCAGAAAUGGCAUGUAGCUGUGGUGAUUGAUCACAAGACACAGAUAAUAAAGAAGAACUGAAGGAAAGAUGUGGUACGCUUUAUUAGCUUUCUCUCCUACCUAUGUCCAACACUAAUUUAUAUCAUAGACUUUUCCCUGUUGUCAGUAACAUUUUGGGUCAAUUGGAAGUAGCACAAAUGUAUUCAAAAAACCAUAUUUCGAAAGAAAAAACCUAAUAUUCGACAAUAUAAACUGAGCUUCGGUGCGUUGAUGUGAAAAACAUAAAAUUUUUGUAAACGCGGAGUAUUCCAAAAUUCAUUGAUACUAGGUGAAGGAAACUAAGUGACCUCAUUUUCCCCAAAACCACUAGCUUAGCUUGCCAGAGUCAUUUUCAGUUUAUUAAAAUGUUGGGUUUCUUUCUUUUCUUGCAGAGCCUUCUUCUAAGCAAAGAAACACUUCAAAAAUUUACGACAGGGCACGUCCUUGACCUGAUAUCUAAUGAUGUCAAAAGAAUGGAGAAUCAAACUUUCCCACAUUUUUUUGGAUUACCGUUCAAUGUCCUCGAAAUUGUGGUGGUAGUGCCUCUUCUUGGUUUCAUGAUUGGCUGGCAAGCCAUCGUGGCAGCCAUUUUCCUCCUCUUACUUGUUCCAUAUUUCGCUGAGUUAUCCUAUGCCAGCGCUGCAGUGCGUCUGCGUACAGCGGCUGUGUCCGAUCGACGCAUUUCGCUGAUGAGUCAGGUGGUUUCAGGGAUACGUGCCAUAAAAACGCAUGCGUGGGAGGAUAAAUUCCAAGAAAAAAUUCGUGACAUACGAAAGUAAGGGCACAGCACUGAAAAAAAAAAGCUUUUCCUUCGUUGAAUCUCUUAAACUAAGUUAAUGGUUGUACUAUCGAGAUUUUCAGCUUAUUUACGUGGUGACUGAAUUAGAGUACCAAGGUAUUGACAUAUUAGCCUUCUACAUUUUCUUUUGGAAAUGGGCUUAUUUUUUUUAAGGCGUCCUACGAAAAUUUUGAUCUCUGCGCCUUUAAUGUUACAGUGUGCAUCAAAAUUUUUGCCGGGUACUAAGGGGUCCCAAAGCCCAGACAUAAACUUUAAGCCCCUACUAACUUGGACUAACCAUUAUAUAAUUAUUAUUUUUAGGCGUGAAAUUAGCGCCAUUCAUCUGAAGAAUGCUCUUCAGGCAACUGUUGAUGGCUUGCUGUUCAGUGUACAGGCUAUGGCAACCUUGGUAUCAGUCCUCACUAUGAUGCUGACUGGUCAGACCAUCACACCUGUGAAUGUUUUUGUGCUCCUUUCUUAUGUCGGCAUUCUCAGGCGAAGUACUUGCAAUGAGAUGGCUAUUGGUUUCCUCUUAGCAAACGAUGCCUAUGUUUCUUUAGGCAGAAUCGAAGACUUUCUUCUUUUAGACCAACUGCCUGGAAAUUCCGAAGAUGAACAUGAAGAGGACAGAUAUGACCCCGAGAUUAACUCUGUCAAACGAAAAGAAAAUACGGACCUUGAUUUCUCUGCUGUUGAAAUAAAAGAUUUGGAAAAGCCAUCACCACUUUGUGUAUCAGACUUAACAUACAAAGGAACUGAUCGUGAACAUAAAUUCAUUCUCCAGGACAUCGAGUUCAUCACACCGUCAAAAAGUUUAACAGUUAUCACCGGGCCAGUGGGUAGUGGAAAGUCCACUCUUCUGUCAGUGAUCGCCGGAGAAAUCUCAGAAACAAGUGGAACGAUAACCAAUCGAGCAAAGAUCGUCUAUUUGCCACAGACCGCAUGGAUUUUUUCUGGAACUAUACGAGAAAAUAUUUUAUUUGGCCAGCCAUACGUAGAAACCAAGUACGCCUGCGUACUCGAGGCCUGCGCUCUCAGAAAAGACAUUCAGCGCUUUCCUGACGGUGACCUAACAGUUGUAGGAGAACGUGGCGAGGUACUGAGUGGAGGGCAGCAGGCGAGAGUGAGUUUAGCUCGUGCAGUUUACGCUGACGGAGAUCUUUAUCUAUUAGAUGAUCCGCUGAGUGCUGUUGACUCGAAAGUAGGACAACAUAUUUUUGACAAAUGCAUCAAAGAGCUGCUAAGGGACAAAACCCGUUUAUUGACUUCUCAUCAUGAACAACACAUGAAAGAUGCCGAUGAAGUGAUUGUGAUAUACAAAGGGCGCUUGCUGGGAAAGGGACGUUUCAAUGAGCUCCAAGAAAAAGGCAUUAUUAGUUCAACCAUCAACCCACUCCAUAAAACAUCCCUAAAUGACAAUAGUGACUUGAACGAGAGUCUUGGCUGGGAUAGUGAUUCAAGUUCGGUAAAUACUGGAAAGCGUGGAAGAAGAGCACCUCUUUUCAAUAAAGGAAAGUGUCUCCAAAUGUCCAAAGAAGAUCGUGCAGUUGGAGUGGUGACAUUCAAGCUCUACUGGGACUACUUUAGAAGUGGACUACAUCCCUUAGUUAUCAUUGUAGUGCUCUGUUUCUGUAUUAUCACGCAAGGUAAGUCGUGAUGAUAUUGAUCAAAUACCAAAAACUUUGUUAUUACGUGUUUGUUACCUCGUGGUGAUCGCAAUGGCCUGGGUUCCAUCUGUUAAAGGUAACUCAUUCUCUAACAUCCUUCUGUUUUGAAUCUAUUUUAGUUGUGGUAGCUGCUCCUGAUCUGUGGCUUCCUUUUCUCAUAAAGCAAACCCCAGAUGAGCAGAGAGAUGAAACGAAUCUGGCUAUCUAUGGAAUGCUGGUGGCUGCAUGCUUUAUAUUUGCCGUCGUUCGAGCAUACGGAUUCCUUAUGGUGUGUCUGAGAUGCGCUGAUCGUCUUCACGACAAAAUGGUUGUGGCAAUUUUACAAGCUCCAGUUCUGUUCUUUGAUUCAAAUCCCGCCGGAAGAAUCCUAAAUCGCUUUUCUAAUGACAUAGGCUGUGCGGACGAACUGUUACCCAAAACAUUUCUGUUGGCGGUGGAAAUUCUCUUGCUGAUGUGUGCUGCUGUAAUCAUACCAAUUGCGUCAAAUCCCUGGCUUCUGUUAGUUGCUAUUCCGCUGACCAUGUUAUUCGUGUACAUUUCGAAGUAUUACAUGAAGAGUGCCAGAGAACUGAAACGUUUGGAGUCAAUUUGCCGCAGCCCAGUCUUUUCUCAUUUCUCAGAGACAGUGAGAGGACUGAGCACAAUUCGGACAAGAGGAAGACAGAGUGAUUUUAUUGAUACAUUUUACAGGUAUUUGGUGACUGGGUUUUGUUGUAGGCAAUGUUGCUUGAAGGAGAGUCAGUGAAGAGAGUGCUAGUUAAAAAUUAGAAUUAAAUGCGAGAGGACGCCUUUGUGUUAAGGAAAGUUAAAGGAAAAAGGGAGAUUAAAAUUUUCUUUAUUGGAGUCCUUGCCGAACAUUCAGCUCUUUGCUCGGUCCUCUUUGCGAGCAAGCCUUGAUAUAAGAAAGAAGGAUAGAGCUAACGUCUUCAGAACAGGAUGCGUGAUGUUUUUUCCUAAAUCCCUCGUGGCUUGCUUUGUAAGCAGGCUAUUUCUUCUCUCCCAUUUACCCUGGCUUUAAAUUUAUCCCAUUUAUUAUUAUAACUAAUUAAUUAUUAAUUAAUAUAAUUAAUUAAUUAUUAUAAUUAAUUAAUUAUUAUAAUUAAUUAAUUAUUUAUUAUUUAUUAUUAUCCCAUUUACCCAUUUACUUGGACGUCUUCCUUUCUCAUUUCUGUUUACUGAAUAUGUAUUUGAAAGCCAAUUACCACUGGGAACACCACUUCGAUCUAAAGUUUGCUUACCCGAAUCACGUUCCAAAUUGACUCAGGCCUGCAGCUGAUCAGAACUGAGUGAAAUAUUCGUAUUGUCCUCCGCAGAUAUCAAGAUAUUCAUAACCAGUCAUAUAUUUUGGUGAAGGCGAGCGGCAGAUGGCUCGGUGUGCGCCUUGAUCUUAUGGCUACCUGUUUGGUUGGUGCAGCCACUGUAGCAGGCGCGUUGACAGCUCAAAAUGCCGGUAAACUAAACAAAUAUUAUUACUUUCUACACGUAGUUCUCGAUUAAUCAACUUGAAUUAUGUUUUCCCUGGGAUCAAUUAUUUCAUAUUUUCCACGAAUUACUCGAACUUUAAAUGCUUCUUUACUUCUUUUUCUUUACUUUCUUAACCUUUUUAACGACCAGUGAUCAAGAAAAAAUUUCUCUAUACAAGAUCAAUACAAUAUCAAGCAGACAAGUGAUGAGAAUAGAGACAAAUAUCAAUUAAGGAAUUAUUAGUUGAUCCGAUACCAAAUUCUCUGAACCAACAUUACAAGAAUUGUAUGGCAGACAGUAAGGAGAAUUACUAAUGAGAUCUUGGGAGUUAAAGGGUUAAUGUUUCCUUUAUAGCUUUUGCUGGGCUUUCCUUUGUUUACGCCAUUCAGUCGCUGACCUGGCUUCAAUACUGUGUCAGAACAACCUCUGAUGUGGAGAAUUAUAUGACCUCAGUUGAAAGAAUCAUCACCUACACCAGGCUUGACUCUGAGCCUGGAUACGAAGUGAAGCGACUCCCCUGGGAAGACUGGCCAAAUGAAGGGAGUAUCACAUUUAGAGAUGUAUCAUUGAUUUACUAUCCAGGGGGACCUCAAGUGCUAAAGAAUAUAAACUUAAGCAUCAAAGGGGGAGAAAAAAUCGGCGUUGCUGGCCGCACAGGUGCAGGAAAGUCAUCGUUUGUAGCAGCUCUUUUGCGCAUGCCUGAUGCUGAUGGAGAAAUCAUGAUUGAUAAUGUCCCAAUAAACGAGAUGAACAUCCAAGAGGCCCGGCGAUGCAUCUCUGUUCUUGGCCAAAAUCCUGUCCUUUUCAGUGGAUCGUUGAGAAGUAAUCUGGAUGUUUUGGAGUAUUAUCAAGACGCUGAUCUUUUGCAAGCUCUAGAGGAUGUGCAGCUGAAAGAUUUUGUAGAAAAUUUGAAAGGACAGUUGGAGCACGAGUUGAUGGAAAAUGGAGCAAAUGUCAGUGUUGGGGAGCGGCAGUUGAUUUGCUUGGCUCGUGUGUUGCUGCAGAAAAGCAGGAUCAUCAUAUUAGACGAACCUACUGCCCAUGUGGAUCCAGAAACGGAACAAACCAUCUGGAAAGUAGUGCGCGAUAAACUGAAGGACUUCACUGUCAUUACUAUAGCACACCGUUUGAACACCAUUAGAGACUGUGAAAAGAUUUUGGUUUUCAAAGAUGGAGAGGUUGAUGGAUUUGAUAAAUUUGAGUCGCUGUGA